CAGCUUUACGUGUAAAGAAGCAACUCUUUCCUUUCCUAGUUUUUCCAACUUUACCUUCAUCCUCUCUCCCUCUCUCUUCCUCCUCCUCCUCCUCCUUCCUCUUCUUCUGGUGCCAGAUUUUAACUCAAAACAGAACCCCCGCCAUGGCUGCUUUGUGGAACAAGCUCCUGGUUCUUGGGUUCGUCCUAGGGUUUUGUUUGGUCUCGUCCUCGGGUGAGCUCGAGCGGUUCGAGGAGUCGCUGAAAGGGGAUGGGUCGCUCACCUUCUUGGUCGUCGGAGAUUGGGGAAGACGGGGCGACUACAACCAAACAGAAGUUGCUCACCAGAUGGGAAUAAUUGGAGAGAAGCUAGACAUCGACUUCGUGGUCUCCACGGGCGACAACUUCUACGAAGACGGGCUCACGGGCGUGGACGAUCCGGCUUUCCACGAGUCCUUCGUCGACAUCUACACACAUCCCGGCUUGCAAAAGCAGUGGUAUAGCGUCUUGGGGAAUCAUGACUACAGGGGCGACGUCGAGGCACAGCUGAGCCCAAUCCUUAGGAAAAUGGACAGCAGAUGGCUUUGCUUGCGAUCCUUCAUCAUCAAUGCCGAGAUCGUAGAGAUGUUCUUCGUGGACACGACUCCUUUUGUGGACAAGUACUUCACGAAGCCAAAAGGUUCGGUCUAUGACUGGAGCGGUGUACUGCCCAGAGAGCGUUACCUCUCCAAUCUCCUCAAGGACGUGGAUUCGGCUCUGAGAGAGUCGAGAGCGAGAUGGAAGAUCGUAGUAGGUCAUCACACCAUCAAAAGCGCCGGACAGCACGGCAACACCGAGGAGCUCAACGCUCGGCUUCUUCCCAUCAUUCAGGCAAACAACGUUGAUCUCUACAUAAACGGCCACGACCACUGCUUGCAACGCAUCAGAACUGCCGACAGUCCAGUCCAGUUCCUGACCAGUGGAGGUGGAUCCAAGGCGUGGAGGGGCGACAUCAGCUGGCCGAAUCCGGAAGAGCUCAAGUUCUAUUACGACGGUCAAGGAUUCAUGACCAUGCAAGUCACGGAGGCCCGGAUCGACGCCAUCUUCUACGACAUCGGAGGCGAGGUUCUUCACCGCUGGAGCACUACCGAUCCUUUUUUCUCCAUCGUAUGAGCAACCGCCGCCACUUGAAAAGUUAUGAUUAUGUAAUGUCAAAUUUCAACUAAGUGGCUAAUGUAAAAGUUUAUCAUGUUUUGUAAGUAGGUAUGUAGUUAUGCCUAGCUUAAUGCAAGAAUUUCAGCAAUGAGACUAUUAUGUUUGGAGUUACUUACAAAUA